AUGUCUCGUGUUUUCUUGCGUUCAUUAGCAUCCGCUGCCAAAUCUACCAAGCCACCUGUUCAAUUGUUCGGUGUUGAUGGUACUUACGCCAAUGCUUUAUACUCAGCUACCAUCCAACAAUCCGACAUGGCCCAAACCUGGAAAUCUUUGGAAAAAGUUGAAAAUGUCAUCAAAGGUGACCCUCAAUUGAAAGUUGCUUUGACCAACCCUUCAUUGACCAAAGAUGACAGAGUUGCCGUUGCUAAAUCUAUUUCUGACAAAUUAGCUUUGGACAAAACCACUGCCAACUUCUUGACUGUUUUGGCUGAAAACAACAGAUUGGGUAACUUCUCCAGUGUUUUCGAAAAAUUCGGUUUGUUGAACGAUGCCUACAAUGGUGUUGUUGAAGCCAAGGUUACUUCUGCUAAGCCAUUGGAAUCUAAGAUUUUGAAGAGAUUACAAAACUCCAUUGGUAAAUCUUCUUUUGUCGGUGAAGGUAAGACUUUGAAAUUAACCAACAAAGUUGACCCAGAAAUUUUGGGUGGUUUGGUUGUUGAAGUUGGUGACAGAACUGUUGAUGUUUCCAUUGCCAACAAGGUUGCCAGAUUAAACCAAACUUUAAAAGACAACUUGUAA